AUGCCUGAGCGCAAGGCCCUGGUGGUGGGCAUCAACUACGUCGACACCAGCGCAGAACUCCACGGGGCCGUGAACGAUGCCCUGCGUUGGGUGGAGGCACUUGGCAGAUUCGGCCUGCUGGAGGAAGCUGUGGGAGAGUCGGAUGAGAAGUAUUCUAUUCCGACGAGGGACAACAUCGUGCAGGGACUGGAUUGGCUCACGUCAGAUGCCUCGAAGGGCGACUGCUUAACGAUGAUCUUCUGCGGGCGUGCCAUGCAGGUGCAGGGCUUUGCCGGCGCGUCGCCCUUCGAGGAGGCUCUUUGCCCCCUUGACUGGGAGGGCUUCUGGACGCACCACGUCAUCACGGAUCAGGAGCUUCAUGAGCAUUUCGCCUCGUUGCCGGGUGGCGUGAUGCUGACCCUGAUUCUGGAUGCGUCCUUCCUGUGUCCUCCCGUCCGCGUGCCCAUCAAGCGCAGUAUGGAGUAUCCAGCCCACGAGCAGCGAAACGAGGUUGGCAGCCUUCGGGACGAUGGCGGCGAUGAGAACGUCUGGUCACGACUAGAGCACGUGAAUGCCCUGCCGCGCCGUCUGUCGCAUGUUGGGAAGAGGACCUUCUGGACGCAGUUGGGGCGUUUGCUUCCCGAAGUGCAGAAGCCUUUGGAUGAGGGCCUGGCUGUGUUUUGCAUCACGGCGUGUGGCGCGGGCCAGUGUGCGAUUGAAGCGUACCUGAACGGCAGCCAGCAAGGCGUACUGACCUUCUGCCUACUGGAGGCACUGAAGCAGUUCCGCCAGUGCACUUUCUUGGAGUGGAUGACGGCUGCCAACAAGGAAGCUACCCGACUCCGUGGCGAAGUGCUGCCAGCACUGGACCAGUUCUUCGAGAUUGCGUACGGCCGUCACGUGGGCCUACACGAGAGUCGACCAUUUGAUCCAGCCUGCGCUCUCCUGGCCAAGGAGAGGGCAAAGCGGAGGCGAGGUGAGCACUGGCGGUGA